AAGCCUGUACUUCCAUUCAUGCAGGGUGUGCAGCAGUCACCGCCGACAGCCGAGUCGUGUCGCCUCCUCGUCAGAUCAGAAAUCUUCGCUCUCUCAGACCGAUAGAAAGGGUUGUGACCCUGUACAGUAGUAGCCACCAUGGCAGAAGCGCACCAGGCGGUGGCCUUCCAGUUCACCGUCACCCCUGAUGGCAUCGAUCUACAGCUGUGCCACGAGGCUCUACGCCAAAUCUACCUCUCUGGCCUUCACUCCUGGAAGAAAAGGUUCAUUCGGUUCAAGAAUGGGGUAAUGACUGGUGUGUACCCUGGCAGCCCUGCUGGGUUCAUGGUAGUGGUUGUGUCUUACAUGUCCUACAAUAGAUAUCAAAAGCUUGAUCCCUCCCUGGGGUUGAUAGCCAAGCUUGGCCAACACAUACCCAUCAGUCAGUAUAUGUCCACUGACAGUCAGAGGAUAGUUGGAGGAGUUCUGGUGGGCACGGGCCUGUGGGUCACCAUAAUUAUGAUUAUGAGGAAUGUCCUAAAGAGUCUGUUGUCUUGGCAUGGCUGGAUGCAUGCACGCCACGGCUCUGUGUCCUGGUCUACUCGUCUGUGGAUGUUGUUAGUGAAGGUGUUCUCUGGCAGGAAGCCAAUGCUCUACAGUUUCCAGAACUCCUUGCCACGAUUACCUGUUCCCUCUGUCAAGGACACCUGCCAAAGGUACCUGGAGUCAGUGCGCCCACUGAUGGAUGAUGAACAGUACGAAAGGAUGAAGGGUCUGACUAAAGACUUUGAGAAGAACCUGGGACCCAGACUGCAGUGGUACCUCAAACUCAAAUCCUGGUGGGCCUCCAACUAUGUCAGUGAUUGGUGGGAGGAGUAUAUUUACCUUCGAGGCAGAGGGCCCAUCAUGGUCAACAGCAACUAUUAUGCCAUGGAUUUCCUGUAUGUGUUUCCCACCUCCAUCCAAGCCGCUAGGGCAGGUAAUGCCAUCCAUGCGAUCAUGCUCUACAGGAGAAAACUUGACAGAGCCCAGAUCAAACCGAUAUACUUGCUGGCAAACAAGGUUCCUCUGUGUUCGGCUCAAUGGGAGCCGAUGUUUAACACCACCCGCGUCCCUGGUUUGGAGACAGACACCAUACAGCACAUGAAUGAGAGCAAACACAUAGCUGUGUACCAUAAGGGCCGGUUUUUCAAGGUGUGGAUGUUUUAUGAUGGGCGGCUGCUGUUGCCACGGGAGAUUGAGCAGCAGAUGGAGAGGAUCUUGGCAGACAAGUCGGAGCCCUUGCCGGGAGAGGAGAGAGUUGCAGCACUUACUGCUGGGGACAGGACCCCAUGGGCUAAUGCUCGUGAUAAGUUCUUCAGCCGUGGUAAGAACAAGCAAUCUCUCGACACCAUUGAGAAAGCAGCCUUCUUCGUAACACUGGAUGACACAGAGCAGCGCUUCGAUGCAAACAACCCAGUCAAGUCUCUGGACAGCUAUGCCAAGUCCCUGCUCCAUGGAAAAUGUUACGACAGGUGGUUUGAUAAAUCCUUUAACCUGAUUGUGUUCAAGAAUGGCACCAUGGGACUGAAUGCAGAGCAUUCCUGGGCAGAUGCUCCAAUCAUUGGUCAUCUGUGGGAGCAUGUACUUUCCAUGGACCCUGUUAAGCUAGGCUAUACUGAGGAGGGUCACUGUGUUGGGGAGCCCCACCCAAACCUACCAGGUCCUCAAAGGCUGCAGUGGGACAUCCCUGCCGAGUGCCAGGAGGUCAUCCAGAGCUCUCUGACAGUCGCCAGGACUCUGGCUGAUGAUGUGGACUCUCAUAUUUUCCCCUUCAAUGACUUUGGCAAGGGUCUGAUUAAGAAGUGCCGCACCAGUCCUGAUGCCUUUAUCCAGAUCGCCCUACAGCUAGCCCAUUACAGGGACAAAGGGAAGUUCUGUCUGACGUAUGAAGCCUCCAUGACGCGUUUGUUCCGUGAGGGCCGAACAGAAACCGUGCGCUCCUGCACUGUGGAGACUUGUGCCUUCGUUCGUUCCAUGAUCAGAGAUGAGACAACGGAAGAGCGUCUCAAGUUGCUCAAAGUGGCAGCAGAGAAGCACCAAAACUUGUACCGCCUGGCAAUGACAGGACAAGGCAUCGAUCGCCACCUUUUCUGUCUCUAUGUGGUUUCCAAAUACCUGGGAGAAGACUCGCCCUUCCUCAAGGAGGUCCUGUCUGAGCCCUGGAGACUGUCCACCAGUCAGACCCCUCUGCAGCAGCUUGAGCUGUUUGAUCUGGUCAAACACCCUGAGUAUGUGUCCUCCGGAGGCGGAUUUGGUCCGGUUGCUGAUGAUGGUUAUGGUGUCUCCUACAUCAUUGUUGGUGAAAACCUCAUCAACUUCCACAUCUCCAGCAAACACUCAAGCCCAGAAACUGACUCCCACCGCUUUGGCACCAACAUCAGACAGGCCAUGCUGGACAUGCUGGAUCUCUUCCAGCUCAACAAGAAGUGAUUGUUGUCUCCACGGGUGGAAUAAACAUGAGACGUCAUGUUUAGCAAAGCAUAUAUUCUUCCUGAAGCUUGUACAGAAUCAAAUGUUGGGGUUAUUUUUUAAGUUAAUUGAUGUUACAGAAAUAAGGAUGAUUGAGUGGCAUUUGGUAACAUUACUGUCAAUAUGUGUGCAAGGCGUUUAUGUGUACUGUAUGUAUAGGCAAGGUGAGAUUCGAAUGGUAUUGGGUACAGGUAGUGCACAGAUCAAAGUUUUUAUUCACGGAACUGUACGCACCGGUGCCUUAGUGACCCACUAAUGUAAAAAGGCCAGAAAGGGAGGGGAAAUAAUAGCCACUGUAGUGUGAGACUUUUCAGCUGAAGAAUUGUUCAGUAGCAUCAUCCAGUAUCUAUAUCCUGGUAUAAGUUGAGAGAUGGUGCAAUAUUUUUACUAGUUUUGCUCCCAAUGUUGAAAAUAUUUUUAAUUCUUUGUGUUUUUAGGUUUCUUCUGGUCUCCUCAUUCGGAGAACCUCAGUCAUGUUUAACUGGCAAGUUUGUGACUGGCAAACUUGAUGCUAAAUAUCAUCAACAGAUUGCAUGUUGCAUGGUGUCCAUUAAUUUCAUGUGGCUCACUAUUUUAACUGCCACUGAGUCUGAAUCGCGAGGCUUAACAGUUAUAUCCAGUAACCUUAUACCUCUGGAAGCCUGUAGGAGUAAAACUGUCGAUCUGCAAUUACAAGAAUUCUAAAUAUUCAGCUUUGGAAAGCGACCCUGUGUCACUGAUUCUGGAUACCAACACAGGAGACAGGAAGCUGUUGCCAUUGUCUAAUCAAUGGAUCAUCGUUGCCUUUUCGGACUCGUGCACAGCCAGUGUGUUUUUUCCUUUCAGCUGCCAUGAUUUCAUGAUGUAGCAACGGAGGCAGAUCAUGUUAGCGUGUGUGUGUCUUUGUGUGCUUGCCAUUUUCAUACUCAGGUUUUACUAACUUGGUAUUCGAGGGUGCUGGCUGCAGCAGUGCAAGAUCAGUGCUUAUGUUGGCCUGCACAUGUGCAACAGUAGAAGAAACUGAGACGCAGUACAAUGCCAUGUGACCCCAAUGAGCUGGUGGGUAGUAUAACAUGAAUUUUGCUGUGGAAGUGAGCGUGGUGUGUGUCUGUGGUGAACCUCACUUGCACAAUGUGUUGGAGGGACAGCGUGUGGCCAACAGUGACCGUUUUUCCCCCAGUUUCUUGUGUUGAAAAAAAGAAUUGGUUAAUUGUACUUUAACUCUGUUGUGCACUCCAUGACUGGCUGUUUAGUUCGAACUAACUAACUACCUUGGUAGCCUUUUGUCAGAUCAAGAUGAAUUGCAAACAUUUACGAGUAAACUGUCAAGUUGUCAUUACAGCAUAGUGACGCAUUGCAGCUGUUUAGAUGAGGUGCAGAGUCGCUGAAUAGUCGUUCGUGUCUCUAGUUCGUUAGGAAAAAAAUUUCUCUUGGAAUAAUGCAUAGGAAGUGCAAAUGCAGUACAGCGGGGGUGUUGUGUGGGAAUGCAUUUCUGUUAUUAUGUAUAUGUUGUAACCUCAUCAUAUUAUUUAUUUUUCCAUGUUUUCACAACUUUAUUCACAAAAAAAACAUAUUUACCAGAUGAAUGCGGCGAAUGAUGAGCUCUAAGUUAAAGCUCUGCUGAGUCAUGUAGUAAAACGGACAAAAUGCUUCCCUUUUUUUUUGACAUGACAGUUUUGUUAUCACACACUUUGCCAGUAUGUUGUAGUUGUAUGACUUUUUAUCUCAGUAGACCUCAUGUUUACACUGCAGCAUGGUGUUUGAGGAUGACGCUGUAUAUCUUUGCCUUUAAUGUAAAGAUGUGUAAAAAGACAAGCAGCUGAUAUACCAAAACAAGUUUUAACAAUAAAGUGAAUGUCAGACAGCUGUAGCA